AUGUCCUCUUCGAAAUACUCGACAAUGCCAAAUAGAGAUGUGGUAGAUGCGGCGGCUGCGGCUGAUGUGAGUAGCGUCGGUUCUGGGAACGCUGUAGGUCCUGGUGAAAAUGGAAUGAAACGAUUCGACCUCUCCUCUAUAUCAGCAAAGAACCCACUUGGUCAGGAAGGACGGUGUAUACGUACCGCUGCUGCUCUAGUAAUUGGAGACGAAAUUUUGAAUGGCAAAACAAUGGACAAAAACUCUAACUACUUUGCAAAGUACUGUUUUGAGCGAGGGAUUGAUCUGAAACGGAUCGAAGUCAUACCGGACGACGAGAACGAAAUCAUCGAAACUAGCAGACGUUUAACUUCCAAGUAUGAUUUUGUCAUUACAACCGGUGGAAUUGGACCUACUCAUGAUGACAUCACUUAUGCAUCUCUUGCACGCGCUUUUAAUCAGUCUCUUGCACAUCACCCAGAAACGCUUCGCCGGUUAGACGAGAUGAACCGACAUCGUGCUUGGGUCUCCACCCAGACUCCUCAGCAGAGAGAAGCGACAAAGCGGAUGGCACUGUUCCCGGAAAGGGCCGAAGUCCUCUUCGUUUGCGGGGAUAUCUGGGUGCCCGUCGUCCGUCUUGAAGGCAAACUAUGUAUAUUUCCUGGCAUACCGACAUUAUUCACGAAGAUGCUUGAUGGCUUAGCGCCGUAUUUACCGCUUCCUCCUGCAAGUGAGAGACCACUGAGGGUGCAGAUUUUCACUGAGCGACCCGAAUCAAUGAUCGCGCCAUACCUCACAGCACUUCACGCUCGAAUGAAAAAGCAAAAAGCGGAUAUCCAAGUCGGGUCAUAUCCUGUCCUCGGAAAGGGCGUGUUUGUGAGUUUGAUUGGGAGGGAUCGAAAUAUGGGUCUACCUGGACAGGGGGUCCUAUUAAAUUCAGAGCAGAGACCGCAACCGGGAGCUCAGCCUUCUGAAGUUCAAGAACCUCCAGCGCGGGUGUGGCUCGCACAAAUUGCUUGUGAGGUAGAAAAAGAGAUCAACGGGAGGAUUGUUAGUGAUGAGGAGGUGAAAAUUUUGAAAGAGGGUGGUGUAGGCGAGGUUAGGAGACGAAUGGAAGAUGGCGAUAUUGUUCCCGACACGAAAGUCAAUAGCUCGUCCACUUCUACUUCAUUUGCUUCACCUCGCGUUUCGUCUCCGGCUUCUAUCGCAUGCGAUUCGGCUUCUGUUGUUGAGCCAGAUGUGGAUGUGGAUGUGACGGUGGAAGUCAAGAAACCAAAGUUAGGUGAGGUUGGGUGGAGUUGA